UAAACAGAACUACGGAUAAAAAUGAGAAUAACAAUUUUUUGCAUGUUCGGUUAUCAAAUGUAUUACUUCCGGUUAAAAUAGAAAUUAAUUUUUUCCAAUAUUUCAUCUUGUUUUAGUGUAAUAUUAGCUCCUACAAACAGGAUCCUACAAGAUGGAUGCCUUAAAAACGAAGGUGGAUGAUCUCCUUCAGUCUCUGAGUGAGUUGCCGCCAGAGAGUGUCAAUGAUGGCAUGUCACUCAUCAGGAGCCUUGUCAACUCAGCAGUUGCAAUCCUCAAUCCAGGAAGGACCCAGAAUGCUGUAAUCACAAUCAUCGAGAGAGAGAGCUCCCAACAGGAUGCAGUCAUAAAGAAUGAACCGUUUGACUCUGAUAUAACAGCUGAGAAUGACAAGAAUGUAUUCACUGAAUUUGAACCAAAAGGCCUCAUGGAGAGUGAAGAUCAGACAUAUACUCAAGUUAAAGUAAAGCGCAAAAGAGGACGUAAACCAAUGAACCCACAGGUCAUGAAAAAGGGCAGAAAAAGAAAAGAUCGAAUAACACAGGAUGAUUUUCUUGAUGAUGAAGAGUAUAGUGAGGUCAGUGAUGAAAAUAUUGAUGAUAGCACAGUUGAUGGAUCAACCGAGUUGUUGGUGGGUAAAAAUGAAGUGCUAUAUCAGUGUAUUGUAUGCCAGAUGGACCCAAAUCCUGUAUUUAUAUCACAAGUUCAUUUGAUGGAGCAUUUAGAAGAUAAGCAUGCAGAUGUUAAUGAAGAUGGCCAAGCCAAACUAAAAUGCACAUAUUGUGAUGUCACAGAGUUAUUGGAUAACUAUAAAGAAUCUCCCAUCAGUGAUCUGUUUGCUUGGAUGUCAAAAAUGGGAAAUCACAUGACCACUCUUCAUGAAAUGGAAAUACUCGUCAGUCAACCAAGGAAACUGCGCCACAGAACACUCACCCCUGGAGGAAUCAAGCAUAAAAGAAAAUACUCUGGAAUAAAUUAUGAGGGUAACUUUGAUUGCACAUUCUGUGAAGAUUCAUUUGGCAAUAAACUUGACUUUAUAAAUCACAUUAAAGAGAGUCAUGUGACCAUACAAGAUGACAUAGGGAUGCUUGAAUGCAUGGAUAAAUCAUGUGAUUAUUCUCUGAAGUACAAAAACUUUUUCAAAAUCCAACCAAGUAAUUCUUUCUGCUGGGUGUUGCGGAUGAUACAGCAUAUGCACGUAAAACAUAACACUGAACUGCCCGCAUUUGCUGAGUACUCCAUUUGUGAUCAGUGUGAUUUCAAAACCAUUAUUCCCGGGUACCUAAAAGUCCAUAUGACAUCUCACGAUCCUCCAUCUGAAGACAAGAGGGUCCCAUGCCCAAUUUGUGAUGAAACAUUUAUAAAAUGUUACCUAAAGAGUCAUAUUGAGAGAAAACAUACCCAAACCAACAAAAAACGAAACUCUGAACAUGAAAUCGAUUAUACAGGGACAUUUAACUGUAGUUUCUGUAGCGAACCUGUGUUUUAUGAUAAAUUAACUUUUUUGGAACAUAUCAAAAAAGCACACGUGGAAGUGAAUGAAGAAGAUACAGCAUUUUUGAAAUGUCUCGAAUGUACAUACACUACAAGAUAUAAGAACCUGAGGAAGUGUCAACCGAGUAACUGUUUUGCGUGGGUGCUAAGAAUGGUCCAGCACUUAUAUGAGAAACAUGCUAAAACAUUACCAGACUAUGCUGAGCUCAUGAUGUGUGACCAGUGUGAUUUCAAAACCAUUGUUCCGGGGAAUUUCCGAAUUCACCAACAGUCGCAUACAAAUCCAGUAGAUAAAGAGAAAGAACUUUGUCCAUUUUGUGGAUUAAGUAUGUCAAAAACACAUUUGAAUGUCCAUAUAAAGAAAAUUCACAGCCCCAAAGAUCCGAAUGAACCAAUCAAGAAAUAUAAAUGUCAUAUUUGCAAUAAGGAAUAUUCCUCUGCAACAUCCUGCCAGCUUCAUAAAGCUCAGAUGCAUGGGGAGAAAAACAACUGGACGACAUACACAUGCGAUCGAUGUUCUAAAAUAGUUCCGUCAAAGCGUUCAUUAUAUGAACAUGUCUUAGUGAUACAUGGGCUGAACAUAUCCAAGAUGACCCCGCUUUGUUGUGAAUUAUGCCCAUAUAAGACAUUCAAGCCAACUUCUCUGGCGACACACAAACUCUGCAAACACAACACCAUCCGUGAUGUCAUAUGUGACAUUUGUGGAAAGAAAUUCAAAACCCAAAAUACGCUAAUAUCUCAUAAGAAGACCCAUAACAGAGGCAAGAAAUGGGUCUGUGCCUGGUGCGACUACUCAUCCGUCUUUAAAGAAAACACUUUCAAGCAUAUGAGACAGACAUGCAAAUGUCGGGAAUAUAAUGAUACUGUUAAUUCAACUCCUCGUCUCGUCAUAGACGAGAGUGUCCCCAAGGAUACUGAAGCUACAACAUAUGCUCUCCAGAAUGCAAUAGGCAUUCCAGUUGAUGAUAUUGCACCAUCAACAAUUUCAGCUGAUGAUAUUAAAGACUUAAGUGUGAACGAGAGUAUUGAAAGACCCCUUUCUCAGUCACAGACUCCCAUGGAUUAUUCCUCUCAUGCACUAGCCAGUUCGGACUCUCGUGGAUCUUAUUCUAAUCAGCCUCUCUUUCAGUCCACAGAGCCUCAGUCUGGAGAAACCCAAAGUGAGGCUAAUAAAACUUGGCAGGAUGGUAACCCUAAUAACCAUGAGGUCUCUAAUAUUCCUGGACAACAAAGGACUAUUUUUCAUUCUAUGGAAGCUAUGGUGGAUUCUAACCGCCAUUAUCUGCUCGCUCCCCAAGCACAUGCUUCUUUAUUGACCCGCUAUGAAGGGCAUCACCCUGCACCGGUGAUAGUUGAUGGACACUUGACUCCUAUGGGAGGUGGUUACAUUGUCACAGAAUCUUCACCUCAAUCCCAUAAUUCAACUCUGGUAAGCACUAUUGCUUCCAAUUGGCAGCAAUCUAGUGAUCCAUAGGAGUGACAUAUGGGCUUUGAAUACUUCCUUUGGUAAAUGUUUUAUACUAAGUUGAGCAUUGAGCUCCACUUUCAAGCUGACUAUGUGGUAGACUAGUAAAGUGCAGGUGUAACUAUGUUGUUACUAUGGUGUAACUAUAAUGAAACUGUAGUGUAACUAUGGUGUAACUCAUGUAACUACAUUGUACAAGAAUGUUCUAUAAACAAGGUGCUUUAGUCCAUUGUCCUCUUACUAUGACAUCAUUGUAUCCAUGGUAACAACGAUUAAUCGAGGAAGAUUAUGUUAAUGACCCUACGUUUAACUCAUCAAAAUAGAGGUGCUAAGCUGUAAUAUUAUUGCUGAAUGUGAAUACUACUCUGUUAUAAAACCCAAUGGACAAUAUCCUAUAUGGAUCAUUGUGUUUGCUACAGCCUGUAGAUAAAUGGUAUCAACUUAAGUUGAUUUUAUACAAAACAUUGAUCUAAAAUCAUUGUUUAAUAUUAAAUAUUCAAUUGAUGUUGAGUCAUAACUCUGAUUACUCUGAUUAAUAUGUCAUUGAAAUGGCAUCAAAGAAUCAAAAAUAUAUAUAUUUAAUAUACUUUAUUAUUCUAGAUGUGGAAUUGUUAUUAUUGAUCUAUAUAUGUUUCCUCUUUAUACAAGAGACUAUCAUAAAUGUACACUUUUAAAGAACCUGCUUAAAUUUUUAACAGUUUUGUGGUUUCUAUUGAAGUCUUAACAAAUUUUAUCAAAAAGUGAUAUAUGAAACUUUUUUUUAUCUCAAAAACUGAUUUUUGAAGGAGGUUUUGUGCAAAAAAUUAUGAUUUUAUUUAAAAUGAAACUUUAGCGACACGCUUGUUCUGUAAAAACGACUGUGCACAAAAUUGAUAUGAAAUGGUUUUAUUUUAUAUGUGACCACUUAGAACCAUGUUACACUUUUCUAUGACACUUUGGCUAGUAAGGGACCAUUUUGAAAAUAUCUGUAUGUGUUAUUUUGCGUUUUUAGCUAUAACUGAAAAACUAGUAUUAAUACCAAUAUUGUUGAAAUAUCAUAUGUGAAUACUGUAUGAAUAUUAUACUGUCUUGUGACAAUUUGGUUAAUUCGCGACAAUUUUAAAAUAGCA